UUCAGUCGAAGUUCGGAAGGCAAGUUGGUAACUUGCAAAUUAUUAUUAUCUAUUAUUUAAUUUUUUUAAACUUCGAGGGACAAUCGAAUAAAUGGCAAACCAUAGAAGUGUAGAAAUAAAUGCUGAUUUGGUUAAGGAGAGGUCAAAAUGCAGUUUUGAUCUCGAAGAACUCACAAACUUAAUUGAUGGAGGAAAGAAGAAGACAAAGCAACGGAGGCAGAUGGAGGAUUACGCGUUGAACUCCGGCGCAUCCAUCGACCCGGUUCCUGAGGAAUGCCUGAGCAUCCAGGAGCGCUACGAAAAUGCGGUCAGAAAGUCCUGCGUCUACAGCGCCUUGGUUAGGGAAAGCCUGGUCAACAUCACGGGACUGGAAGACCUGGGUUUGUCCUCACCAGUUCUUCAGCGUACAUCGGAUGCAUUCUUCAAAGAGAUCUCACCGUUUUUGCUCCAUUUCGGAAUGUUCGUGCCCACCAUCAUCGGGCAAUGCACUCCUGAACAGCAGGCCAAGUGGCUGCCCCUUGCUAUGGACUUGCAAAUUAUCGGGACCUACGCUCAGACAGAAUUAGGACACGGCACGUUCAUCAGAGGUUUGGAAACGACAGCUACAUACGACCCAAGUACAGAGGAAUUUGUUCUCAGCACUCCAAAAUUAUCUUCAUACAAAUGGUGGGCCGGCGGGUUGGGUAAAACUGCCAGUCACUGCAUAGUGUUAGCCCAACUUUACACUAAGGGCGAGUGCCAUGGGCCCCAUGCUUUCAUAGUCCAGAUCAGGGACAAGGAGACUCACAUGCCUUUACCUGGGAUAAAAGUGGGGGAGAUCGGCCCUAAGUUAGGGUUCAACACUGCAGACAAUGGAUAUCUUGGAUUUGACAACUUUCGGAUACCGAGGGACAAUUUGAUGAUGAAAAAUGCUCAGGUUACCAAGGAUGGUACGUAUGUGAAGGUGGCUCGUCACGGCAAACUGACGUACGGCACCAUGGUGUUUGUAAGAGUGAUGCUGGUGAGCGAUAUGGCGUACUACCUCGCUAAAGCCGUCACCAUAGCAGUUCGGUACUCGGCGGUGCGGCGGCAGUCACAGCCGAAGCCAGACCAGCCCGAGGCUCAGGUCUUGGACUAUCUCACGCAGCAGCACAAGCUGUUCAUCUGCAUCUCCUCGUCGCACGCUAUGAGACUAACCAGCACUUGGCUAUGGAAAACGUUCACGGCUGUUCUAGCCGACAUGCGUGAAGGAAACACUGAUACUUUGCCUGAACUUCAUGCACUUUCCAGCUGUCUGAAGGCACUGAGCACCUCAGACACAGCUGCCCUCAUAGAGCAGUGCCGGUUCGCGUGCGGUGGGCACGGCUACAUGUACUCCUCAAACCUGCCAGCUCUUUAUAGUUUCGCUGCUGCCACGAGAACCUACGAAGGAGAUUAUACUGUGCUGCUGCUGCAGACUGCCAGGUUCCUAGUGAAAUCAUGGGAGCAGAUGGAGGAAGGGAAGCCUUUAACCCCCACUCUAGCGUACUUGAUUCAGAGUCGAGACGGCAACCAAGCGAAAUGGGAUGACAGUCCUGAAGGCAUCAUCAGAGCUUUCCAUGCUAUCGCCGCAGGAAGGAUCACUUCUUGCGUGAACAGCAUUAGGAAACAUGUAAGAAAUGGCAUGGACUAUGAAGACGCUUGGCAACUGACGACAGUGCAGCUCGUUGGGGCUGCAGAGGCUCACUGCCGCGCUGUCAUAUGCCGAGUGUACCGAGAUGAAACUAUCAAGAUGACAGCCGAGUGCAGUCCGGGAGUCAAAACAGUCUUGGACCAGCUGUCGAUGCUGUACCUGCUCUACUGGUCUUUGGAGAAGACCGGGGACUUGCUCAGAUUCUCAUCGCUAUCGGAGAAGGAUAUUGUGAGCUUGCAGGAGCGAUACGAAGCGUUGCUGCUCAAGAUAAGGCCCAACGCGGUCAGCUUGGUCGAUGCGUUUGAUUUUAGGGACGAAGUACUAUCCUCAACCCUGGGUUCCUACGACGGGCGCGUGUACGAGAGGCUGAUGGAAGAGGCUCUCAAAACCCCUCUCAAUAAGGAACCAGUCAACCAAUCCUUUCACAAAUAUAUGAAACCUAUGCUGCAGGGAAAGCUGUAAUUAAUUAAGAUAAAGAAAUUUAAUUGAUAGCGUUAUAUUUAGUACAAUUUGAUCGAGCUAACUGCGCAAUUCGCUGGAAUUCGACUUUUCCUCGCACACCUCGCUGCGUUCACCCUGUCCGUACCAAAGCGUCGUUGUGACGUCACGGCUGCUAGGUGCGCAGUUAACUCGAUCGGGUUGUAAAAAAAUAAAAACAAUACUUUUCCCAGACGCAAUCCAUCUAAUUUAAUUCGUUCAGAAAAAAAUAGAAACGUAUUAUGUCAAGGGAAAGGGGGGAUAUGAUAUCCCUUCAUCACUCAUUUAUCAUUAAAUGAGUGUUUCUAAAUACUUAAAAUAUAAUUUACUUGACACUGGCUAAAACCGCACGAAGCCAUAAUCUAGACAAAAAAAAGUUAGUAGAGGGCCUACCCUCAUUUAUAUUUUUAACUUUAACUAAUUAUUUUUUUCCAUGACAUGAGUUUGACAUAAAAAAUUUAGUGGAGACAAAAGGUUAGAUAUAAAUAAUCCGCGGGAUAGUAAAAAAAAAAAUUGAUAUUAAUAUUUAAAAACAAAUAAUAUCUAGUGAAUUCUAGUGGGUGUAAGUGCUUUAAUUUUAGAUCGAAACAAACAAAUAUUAUAAUAACUAGCGGCCGCCCGCGACUUCGU